AUGGAUCGCGCUCUCGACGAAAUUGUAUCUGAACGUCAUCGAGGCGGACGAACUCGAGGACGCCGUGGGGGUCGCAGAGGCGACAGAAACGACUACCCCCGUGACGGUUCGACAAGAGAGGACAGUAGAAACAUAGACUCUGACGCUCCUCCAAGCGCAAAGCUGAAGGUUGACAAUCUACACUAUGACUUGACUGAGGAGGACUUGGAUGAUCUGUUCAACCGAAUUGGACCUGUACUCAAGCUUUCACUUGUGUAUGAUCGUGCUGGUCGCUCGGAGGGUGUAGCUUAUGUUACGUAUGAAUCUCCUGCAGAUGCGAAGCGAGCCAUCCGAGAGUUUGAUGGUGCGAAUGCAAAGGGCAAACCGAUUAGCCUCACAUCUGUGCCUUCUGGUCCCUCUCAUGCCAACCGUCGCAAUCCCUUUGAUUCCGCAGUUGCACCAGGUCGCUCAUUAGCAGACCGAAUAACGGUACCAGCGAAUCGAAGCCGCUCUGACUCACCUAUCCGACACUCAGAUGUUAGCGGCCCUCCUCCUAGUAAUGUCGAUAGAUAUGUACCGGGCCGUGGAAGCCGAUCUCGUAGCCCCCGUCCGCGCAGAGAUGGCCGCAGAGCUGGUGCUAGAAGGGAGCGUGGCGACAGACGUGGUGGUGCCCGUGGCGGGUCCGAAAGAGUUGCAAAAGAUGGUCGGCCAAAGAAAACACAAGAAGAGCUCGACGCUGAGAUGGAUGAUUAUUGGGGCGCGAAGGAUAAUGGUGCAGAAACCAGUGCUGCUCCUGCUGCGUCUGCUCAGGAUGAUAUUGAUAUGAUUGAAUAA